AUGGCAGACCCAAUCUUUGCGCCUUUGCCGCCCGAGCUCAUCAUCAAGAUCUUGGGUUACCUCUCUGCCAUCUCCAAGUCGACUCUUCUAAACUUGCGACUGGUUGAUCAACGCACCUGCUCUUUGGCGACGCCAGUCGCUUUUCAAAGUCUCUUCCUCGGACCAAAUGAAGGCUCACCUCACCACAGGGCUUUGCCAAAGUUGCGCUGUCCAAGCAGCUCGCCAAAUCUCCAAAAUGCCGAUCGCCACUCCCGCACACAAGCACGCGUCAGCUUCUUGUCCGCCCUACCACUGAUUAGAUGUCUUCCCAACUUGAAAAGCCUUCGCCUUUGCUUCACUACUGAGAUGGAGUUAGAGGGCUUUCCCUGGGUCGAGGAGCUGCUGGACUAUCGCACCAAAGUGUUACAGACCAUAUUCAAAACAUUGGCUGGCGACUGGUCAGCCAUCGAGGCGCCCAUUAUUCGACAAGAAUUGGAAACCGGCGAGCAUCCAGCAUGUGUCCCAGACUGGGGUGUGAGAGAUGAAGCUGAUCAACCAACUGGUCCGACGCGCCUUGACCGACUCACACUGCACAAUGUUCCCGACGAUGCCUGGAGCUGGACAGCUGGAUCUGAACAUGUCAAAAUGGCGAUUGCCUCAGGCUCUUUGGUCGAUCUCAGACUAUCCAUUGCAACAGAAGGCCCCGAUUGGAACACGGCCAUGCAUGGCAUCAGCGAGGAGCUCCAUGUUUCGUUCAACACCCUCACGUCUACCUGGCUCUCCCGCUCGGUGGCACAGAACCUCAAGAUUCUGUCGCUGUCUUGCCCUGGCGGUGGCGGCGGGUUUCCAAACCUGAAGGUUCUUGCUCUCAAGAAAUAUGUCUUUAGCCAUCAAUGGCAGAUCGACUGGUUUGCAUCCCUGGGGCUCGAGGAGCUGGAACUCGACACUUGCGCCAUCAUCUAUGAGGCGAAAGGUCAUAUUCGGUUGAGCGAGGGCACAACCAUCGUUGGCCAGGACAACGAUGGAGUUAGCAUCAAGGUUUCCAACAAAGACUACCCAAUCAAGAAUUGGAUGAACUCCCUCCAAAGAGGCCCUGUGCCCAAUCACCUUUUUCCAAUCCGGUGGCACAAUAUUCUGAGCGAAUGGAGGCAGUCGAUGACCACAUUGAAAAGCUUUCAGAUCACUGCCGGCGAGUUAUACGCCCGCCAUGAGUCUGGGCUGGGUAUGAGUUUCGCCGAAGCACAUCGCCAGGAGCACGAGGACUUUAGACGCAAGUUGUUUCCCCAGCCGAGCGGCGUGAAGGUGAGUCAGGACCAUGGCUUCUAUUACAAGCAACCUCUUCGUUAUCUCUACUUUGACGACAUGGAGUUCUGGAAUGAAUGGAAUAGUUGGGAUAGGUCGAGGUCGGAAGAUGAAGGUCGUGGGGUUGAGGACGGCGUUGAAGCAAGGGACAAGGCUGCUCUCCUCGACUUUUUGGAGACGAUUCGGCAGAGGAAUUUGGCAAACCCGUAG